AUGGCGGAUAGAUUUGACGACGACAUUAUAACCACCUCUGGCGCCGCUAAGUAUGUUGCGGACGGAGAUGUUAUGCGCGAGAAGGCGCCGGCUGCCGCAGCUUCUACGGACGAACGCGUACCGGGAAGCCUCUCACACGCUGACCGCACGCAGGGGACGGACCCCGUCAGCGGCAUGGAUUACGGCUCGCUUGGUGUUCUUAAUAUGGAAUGCGUCAAGAGCCUCAGGAGCGACCCCGAUGUGCCGCUGAAGGACAGAAUCAGGCUUUGGCACGCAAUGUGCCCCACCGACUUCCUCAACCUUUUGGGAAGCUCGGGCGCCAAGGAGAGUUGCUGCGUCAUCCACGCCGAGUCGCUGAUUGUGCAUGUCGUUUGCAGUGCUGAAAAGGAGGGGAACGUCCUCCUUGACUUCGCUAAGGGACCGCAGACCCUCCAACUGAUAUACCGCGUUGAACGCAUAUUGAGCCAGAUCUUGAGGUGUGGAGGGACAUUCGAGCUGGUUUUCUUCGACGUCUUCAAACAGCUCUUCGACCCAACGUACUGCCAUGCAGCUGACGGCGACGUCGAAGAUGAGGAAGAGCAAUCGCAGUUUUUCGACGGCUACCUGCUUUUGCGAGAGGUGCUGCUGACGCACGCUAAACUCAACAACAUCCCGCAUUUCGUAUUCCGGGAUUGGUACGAUCAGGAAUGGAUCGACCAUGUCAACCACUGUGACCCGUCGUGCAUAUUGGUUGAGGAGGGGUCUUCGUUCCUUUACAAGCAUCGCACAAUUUAUGAACUGGUUGACACCACCAGCACUGGGGAACCUAACGAGCAGAACGGGGAGAUCGUCGAGGAGUUCCAAGUUCAGCAGCGGUACAUCGACAGGUUCACGUUUGCAGCACACGCGUUGGUGAUGCACAGCCUGUCUAUUAACGUGUCGGUCGCUUACUUGUUCGAGAUCGGACCUUUUGCCCACAACUUCAAGGCGUUCACCUCGUUCCCCAGCAGUUGCACGCCACCACCAACUCUCUUAGAAGAGGUGGAGGCGAGGUUCCGCGCAGAAUACCCAUAUCGCAGUGUACAAGAUGGCGCCACACAGGACGAAGAGGAUGGAGAUGUGCCAGAACUCAUAGAAGAGCUUGCUGGCCUGGGAGUGGAGCCGAGGAUACGGCAGUUGGUUGCAUGUAACUACCUGAAGAGCUUCACGGCAAUGAAGCAGGAGGCGGGUGAUGAUUUGGACGAGGAAGCUGCCCUAUACAUUGACAGCUGCUUGCUGACAUUCAAGGUUCUUCUCCUGCAUAACUACUUGUUGGAUAUUCUGCCGCUAGAAAGCAGGUGUACCCGCCGAAUUGACGCCGAAAACUGGGAAUUCUUUAUCACCUACGUUGCGGCAACCCUGGACCUUAUGGCAUCGACUACGGUUCCCGUGUUCAACGGAAUCGCAAAGAAUCUCGACAAAAUGGCUGACUCGAAGAAGGAUGCCGCGGACCUGUUCGACGGCAACCUGUUCACUUCCAUUUUGCACUGCAUGGCUGUUUACGCUAAGGACCAUGGCAACAAGGUGGAUGGCGCAUUCAUUACUUUGGAUAAGGACCUCGCUGCGAGCAUGGACAAGAUGUACGGGCACUUUUCCGGAAAUGUUAAUGACACAGUGUUCCCUAUAGACUUGGCUCCAUUUGCCGAUGUCGGCAUUUAUGACUGCGUAGAGGCCGACUCAAGCGUCCCUGAUGCGGACGUUGAGACCGACGUUCUCAACGUCGACAACCAGUUCGUUAACAUGUACUUCGGUUUGAAUGCAUUCCGGGACAAGAUCAAGUUCUACAAUGGCGAUAACUCCCACACUCUGACAACGUUUGCCGCCACUAACUGGAGGGAUCCCGCGCUAGUAUCGGAAAAAUUGGAGUGCAUAGAUUACUUUUUCAAAAUCGAGAAACCGGACAAGUACGCUAAUAUGCCGAAACGUACGCAAAGGCAGGAACAGCGAAGUAUGCAGCGGCAGACAGCCUUUUCGCAUUUGCUAUCGAGGUACAUGGGCUCCAACAACCUGCACCAUCCGAUAGUGCCCAAACUUGACCACCCGUGGUUAGAUGUGAAACAAAAAGCCUUGGAGGAGAGCGAACAAACGAAAGAUGAGGGAACUGUAGAUGCACGGGCAAGCGCUAAACCCGCUAAGAAGGAUAAGCAUGCAAAGGACGCCAAGAAAGAAAAGACGGUCAAGGUGAAAACGUCGGCCAAAGCUGAAUUGUUGAAACAGAAGCAUACGGCAGCACAGGAAAGCAAAGGCCGGGAGGCGGAUUUGAAGACUCUCGACAGAUAUUCUGGCAGACUUGCUUCUCUGUUUUCUCCUGAGCACGACUUCGAUGUGAUUUACACGAACAUCCUCGAGCACACUGCAGGGCCGAAUCGCGCUGUGGACCUCACAGAGGACUUUAAGUGGCUGAAAAGCGUCAUCAACACGAAGGCAAUACAAUUGCAGUUUGUGCUAAAGAUGAUCGAAACGCUGUUGAGAACCUUCGAGGGUUACCGUAUGCGCGCGCUUAACCGAAGGGGUGCGAGGGCGUCGCUGAGGCGCACCGUUUGCAUCACGUUAAGGCUCAUACACGACUGCUUUAAGGAGUACAAGGCCCUAAUUGACGGACCGGGAAUCACCCUUUUGCAGAGGUUCCUCAUGAAGUUGGGCAUGCCCGUGAGCGCAAACAAUCUGUUCAAUGCGUGGCUUAAGAUCCAUGAUGACAAAAAGAACAAGAAGUUCAAGGUUGAAAGUGAGGAAGAGUUCGAUUACGCAAUACCAAAGGGCAUGGAAUUCGAAUUCCAGAUCGCAUAUAUGGGCGACCUCAUGGAACGUACCCUGGGCUCCACGGAGGACCCUAGGGUGUUGUUCAAACCUGAUGCGUGGCAGAAAUUGCUUCUCGAUGCCGUUGAUGCCAGAGAGUCUGCGUUGGUUGUGGCCCCCACUUCCACUGGUAAAACAUACAUCUGUUACUACGCCAUGGAACAAGGACUGAGGCUGGAUGACGAGGGCAUUGUUAUCUACGUGUCACCGAAUACUGCGCUGGCGCUACAGGUCACGUACGAAAUUACAGCCAGGUUCUCGUCGAAGAACUACGCGUCACAUUCAAGUGCCGCAGUCCUCAGCGCAAGUUUCUUGGAGAAGUUCCACGAUCCCAAGUGGAAUUGUGCCCAGAUUCUGGUAACGGUGCCUGCCAUUCUUGAGCAGCUGCUCAUUUCUAUGAGAACCAGUGAACUCGGAUACGCCAAACGUAUCGAAUACAUCAUUCUCGACGAAAUUCACUGCGUCUCCGACGAAGAAAUUGGGCCGUUCCUCGAAAGGAUCAUACACCUCACUGCGGCCCCGUUCCUGGCGCUGUCGGCCACCGUCGGCAACCCCAUGCAGUUCCAUUCGUGGCUAUCGAAGGUGGAGAAAGUUCGCAUGAACACGAAAUCGGCGAAGGUGCACUACAUUUACUUUGACGAGCGAUUCUCCGAUCUCAAAUUGGAGUUCUAUUCAAACAAGCAUCUCGUGCCGCUCAACCCUGCCACUUGUCUGUCCUACGACAACGUGAAAACGAGUGGGUUCCCCAAGGAUCUCUACCUGAUGCCCAAAGAUUUGAUGGUACUACUCAGGUGCACCAAUGCCGUCAUGGGAAACAGAUGCCCUGACCUUGACUACCUGGACCCAUCAGUCUACUUUAGUGGAACACCGAUGAUCACAAAGAGGCAGUACCGAUACUGGCUACAGACCUAUAUUACCGAAUUCACAAGACAGGUGCAAAACGGUGUAAUUGGCGAGGACGACUUCCGGAACAUCAUGGAAAACCUGAAGUCGGUGAACACAUCGGUGUCUCCGGCCGACGUAACAGCCGCCACCGACGACACCACGGAUGGAAUAUUCAAGCUCUACCCUUCGUUGAAACCGCUACAGAUCAAGAACAAUGUAAAUGGUGGUUCGUCAGAUGCUAACGGUGACGUCAACUCGGCGUCCUCCCCAAGGAGUAAAAGAUCUGCGGCUAUAUCAUCAAGCAUCACGGAGUCACGUGACUAUUUGGAUCCGGCGGAAUCGCUGGCAUUGCUCGACACUUUGGAACAGACCAAGAGGUUGCCAUGUCUGGGAUUCACGUUUGACCGCAACCAUAUGGAGCACAUGCUCAUAUCGGUGACCCAGUUACUCAAACGUAGGCAGUGGGAGAAGUACUACGGUACCCCCGAAGCUAGGGCGUGGACCAACGCGGAAAACAAGCGUCGCAUAGACCACUACCAGAUGCUGAUGCGGCAGUAUGAAGCGGAAACUAAAAUGCGUGGUGCCAGCCGAGAACAGAAGGAGGAGCAGGGUAUCGGCGGCAAGGUCGAGGAGUUCAUUGAGCUGCCCAAGGAGCCAGUGGAUGUCGCGGAAGACUAUGACCCCGAGUUCAAUUAUUACAAUCGCAAGAUAUACGUUAACUAUACUGAGGAGGUGGAGAAUUUUAUCAAGAUUGCUGCUGCGUCCAUUAGUGGCAGGAAGGAUGUGGACAUUUUCAUCGAGGCCAUGCGUCGUGGUAUCGGUAUCCACCACGAGGGUCUGCCACACAAGUUCACGAUGCUCACGGAAACGCUGUUCAGGAUGGGUUUCCUGCGGGUGUUGCUUUCGGGACGCAGUCUGGCGUUCGGUAUCAACGUCCCAUGUAAGAGUGUCGUCUUCAUGGGUGACAACCACGAGCUCAACCCACUCAUGUACAAGCAAAUGAGUGGUCGGUGUGGUCGUCGUGGAUUCGAUCUUUCGGGACAUGUCAUUUUCUGGGGAAUCCCAAUGAAGCGGGUACGCCAGCUGCUGACUGCGCAACUUGCCAAUCUCUGUGGGUAUGCCUCGUGCAGCCCUACAGAGUCACUGGCAACUCUAUCUGCCUUCAACAGCUUGCUGGUAUCCGUCAAGUCCAGGCCGCCGCAACAGCAAAGCAAGGGCAAGAUAUCCACCACUGACGCCCGCGUUCGCAAGCUCGAGGUUAUAACCAGGAGCCGUGAUGCAGUUGUGAACCCGCGUACCGUCGUGAAGCGUUUGGCAUCGAUUUUCAUGCACCCGCUUAAGCCACAAUCCGAUUUCAGUGAUGACGAGGUUUUGAUUUUCCGCUCAUGCGUGGAAACUUUGUUCAAGCUCGGUUUCAUAGAUUCUAGCGGACUUGUCAGGGGCUGUUGCGAGCUCGCGCUGCUCACCAGGGAGGCCCACCCGACCAACCUAUUCAUUGCGCAUCUUGCGCAGAUCGGUAAACUGCAUGAACUAGCUGGUACGGGUGAAGCGGAUUCGCCGGACAAGCUCAUGGAUAUCAUCUCCAAAUUUGCAUACAAACGGAAACAGCUCGGAACUACUAUUACGCUGAGACGGCUGCUUCCGCAGAGGGUGCGUUGCGGUGACAGAUACUCCACGAAACUUGUGUCUAACAUCGAUGUGAGGAGAGGUGAAGGAGGCGUGGGAGUGGAGUUGCUUUAUCCAGACUCGUUCCCGUUGCUCCCGGCAACUGAUGGCAAACUUCGUGAAAUGAUCGACGAGUACAACACUAAGGUGCUAGGCGUCUUAUCGAAGUAUCAGGCGUACCUGAAACCCAUGGAAGCCAAGCUGCCGUUGUCCAACGUGGACUUCCGUUGCAAGGCACAGGACCAGCUCGGCUGGUUUGCCGAGAAGAGGCGUGGCAUGCAGUUCAGCAGCCUCUACUCCCCGUUCGUUGCCAUCAACGGUAUCAAGGGCCACUUCAACACCGCCCGCGAACUGUGGCUUGGCACCCGAGCGUCAUCGGAGAUUACGCUGGAUAUGGUGCCAACCAUCGAGUCAUUCGAGAUCGACGUCGUGCAGCUGGACCCGCACUUCAAUGUGCUCAAGCAGAUUGCGAUGUCGCUUGACAACUCAUACGUCAUUGACUACUGGAGCCACGGGCGCUUCUCAUUGGCCCGCGAUGCUAACGGUCUCGGCCAGCAGAUGAAGCUGACCCUGAACGCCUACACCAACGGCGGAUCCUGGGAGGACCCGCUGCAGGUAGCCGUGGAGCAGGCUCUCGAGCGCUACGAGACAGCCUUCAACCGCAUUUGA